UGCUCUUCUUUGCUGGUAAAACCUUCAGAGUCCAGUAUAUACAGAGCCUACCGUCGAUUUAAAGACCGCCAAUCAAUUUCCUAUAAAGAACAAGAGCCGCACACGGAAGCUCCCCCUCACCCUCCCUCUUCAUGCCUUGCGAAGCUUCCCCUGGAAGCGCCAUGAUGAAUUGACUCGGAGACGUACAAAACUAGGCCAACUCCGUACAAGGCACGCCUUGCACUCGUAUUCUGUUGUAUCAAUAUCGAGAACCUCUUGAAGCUAAGCCAGGAACAUCGUGGCCCGGUACCUUGUUUGCUUCAGCUUCGACGCGACUAACAAAAGCCAAUUGCUCCCCCAUUGGCCAUGAGUGAUUUGUUGUUGGCUGACAACUGCUACCCCUCCACGCAAAGGAUAGAGCUGCUGCAGUCUCUUGAAGCUACUGGGAACAGUAUCUUGUUGGAAUUAACAACCCGGCACUCCCGGACAACCAACCUGGUUCCCCGUCUUGACCGCCAAAGACAACAUCCAAGGUUUGGUUGUACAAAGCUGAUAUGACUGUAUCUAACGGAUUCGACCAGAAGCUAUGGGAUGUGAUAGAGUAGGAUUCUGACCUAUAGUACUUUCAUUGUGCGGUAGCUCACUCAACCUGAGUGUGUAUGUAUGUAUGUACUAAAUAAGGCACUUGUUGAGCUGUCCAAAUUCGGUUACAUGAAAAUGACUUGAUCGAGGAGCUGUUUGUUUUUGCUUUUUUCUUCUUCCCUUCUCUUCUUUCUUCUCUUUGGUGUAGACGAAAUAUUUCUUCCUCGUUCCUGCCCUCUUGUCUCUUCCUCUCACUCAUGCCCUUCACCUCGUCAACCCCAAGCUCAAUCUCUCACUUCUUUCCAAAAACAUCGUCCAAUAUUGGCGUCUACCUUGAAUAUUCCUAGACACCCUUUUCUUCUCCCUUUCAACCCUUUUUAGGCCUAUGCCGUAGGCUGAUUCAGGCCUAUCCCCCUCUUCCUCCCACCAUCACCUUAUCUUUGGGAAAUCAUCCCUCCUGUCGCUCGCUCAGGUCGUCGAUCCCGCUCGAUAUCCCAGAUCCAAGAUCCCUGAACCGAACCGACGAGCCCACUAAAACGACCCAAGCAGCGUCUUCGGAGCUCACUGACCACGGAGCACCCCACUAAGUUAACUUGCCUACUGCGGACGCGAACCGUUAGCUAUCGAUCAUAGCUCCACUGCGACAGGCACGUUGCGUAGUGCAACAGCGCUUCCUUGGCUACCAGUUUCAGUGUCUGACCGAGCUGUGCUUUUGUCGUUUCGCGGGGCACGAAGCGCCCGCUCUUCUCUUCUCUCAUCAUGAGUCCACCGCACACCAUGACAUCCAACGAGGUUUAUUUGCUGCCGCUCAACGAUGAUGGCUCACCUCAGGUGCAAGGUGAAUACAUCUAUCUCGCGCCCAGGUCUCACGAGCCUGUGACGGUUCGUUUUGCCAUUGAGGGCACCUCGUCCAUCUGCCGUCAUGGCAGCCUUUGGGUCAACAUCCCUGCCCAAGGUGAUGAGUUUCGCCGCGAUCAUUUUCGCGAGUUCAAACUUACACCCGAUUUCAAUCGAACUCUCGAAAUCUCCAUUCCCAUUUACCAACCUGGUGCCUAUGCCUUCUACACUACCUACGCUGAGCUGCCCGACCUCAAGAAGGAGCUAGAAAAUAGCUCUGAACAGAAGGAGAACCUCAAUAAGACUCCCCUGUACUAUAUCGAUGUUGCGCCUAGACUUAAACUUGACGGCCGGCCAUUGCCGUUGCCUGCCUUGUCAAUCUUCUCCGUCAUUAGCAAGUUCAUGGGUAAAUACCCCAAUGACUGGGAGCGUCACCUUCACGGUAUUAGCGAUCGCGGCUACAACAUGAUCCAUUUUACUCCUCUUCAGGUGCGUGGAGUGUCCAACUCCCCAUACAGUUUGUAUGACCAGCUCGGCUGGGACCCUGCUUGUUUUCCAGCAGGAGAAGAGGAUGUGCAGAAGAUGGUGGACAGCCUAGAACGUAACCAUUCUUUGCUGAGUUUGACUGACAUUGUGCUAAACCACACCGCAAACAACACAAAAUGGCUUGAGGAGCAUCCCGAAGCAGGCUACAAUUUGAUCACAGCACCCUGGCUCGAGUCUGCUUAUCAACUAGACACAAGUCUCUUGGAGUUGAGCGACAACCUGACAAAGUUGGGACUACCCACUGUUGUCAAGUCUACCGAUGAUUUGCUACUCAUCAUGAAUGCGAUCAAGACCGAGGUCCUUGCCAAAAUCAGGCUAUGGGAAUACUAUGCGGUGGAUGUGGAUCGAGAUGCCGACGAGGCAGUCAAAGCCUUCUCUCAAGGAAAGAAAUACACCUCUGAGGACGCUUCAGAUUUCGAGAAGAAGUUAGAGAGCGCCAAAUCUGCAUCGAUCAAGGACCAAGUCGAGUUCUUCAGGGAGUUUGGUUUAACAGGCACCGACCGAAUGGGUGAGCGCUUUCGAAGGCGCGUCAAGCCUGACGUAGCUGCUAGCUUUUUGGCUUCGUCCGUGGGUUCUUCCGAUGAGAAGGCAGCCAGGGCCAAGAUUGUCGAGAUCUUGGAGGUUCUCAACGUGGACUACUACAAAGAGUAUGAUGCUGAAGUGGAUGACAUUCUUCAGCAAAUUUUCAACAGGAUCAAGUAUGUUCGACUUGAUGACCACGGUCCCAAGCUUGGCGAGAUCAACAAGGAGAACCCCCUAAUUGAGCCUUACUUCACUCGACUCCCCAAAAAUGAGACAACAUCCAAGCUCAAGCCCGAAGAGAUGGCUUUGGUCAACAAUGGAUGGGUUUGGGGCGGUAAUGCUCUGGUCGAUAACGCUGGCCCUGAAUCCAGGGUGUACCUUCGCCGAGAGGUAAUUGUCUGGGGUGACUGUGUCAAGUUACGAUACGGCUCAGGUCCCGAAGACAACCCUUGGUUGUGGGAGCAUAUGACCAAGUAUGCUCGCACACUGGCCAAAUACUUUGCCGGUCUCCGUAUCGAUAACUGUCACUCAACUCCCAUUCACGUGGCUGAGCACAUUCUUGACGAGGCUCGCCGGGUGCGACCUGACUUGUAUGUUGUGGCCGAAUUGUUUACAGGCUCUGAAGAGAUGGACUACGUUUUUGUGAAGCGCCUUGGUCUCAGCUCUCUUAUUCGUGAAGCCAUGCAGGCAUGGAGCACGGGUGAGCUUAGCCGACUGGUUCACAGACACGGAGGCCGACCUAUUGGAAGCUUUGAGGUCGAUGAAGUUUCCAAGUCGGAUGUUCGCACCCCAUCGAGUAGCCCGACCAGACUCAAGAACGGCGAGACGAAUGGGCAUGUAUCACAUUCAAGAGAGAUUAUUCGCACGAUCAAGCCAAGCCCAGUGCAUGCUCUAUUCAUGGACUGCACUCAUGACAACGAAACACCGGCACAGAAGCGUGAUGCCCGUGAUACUCUUCCCAACGCUGCUCUUGUAUGCAUGUGCUCCAGCGCUACUGGAAGUGUUAUGGGAUACGAUGAAAUCUAUCCAAAGCUUGUCGACCUUGUCAACGAGACCCGGCUCUACACAUCUGCCUCGUCUGGAACGAAGCCUAUUAAGAUUGGAGGCGGCGAGGAGGGAAUUGGCGGCGUCAAGAAGCUGCUCAACCAAAUACACACUUUGAUGGGCAAGGAUGGAUACGACGAGACUCACAUCCAUCACGAAGACCAGUACAUUACUGUUCACCGAGUGCACCCUGAAUCUCGCAAGGGUUACUUCCUCAUUGCACAUACAGCUUUCCCAGGCUACGGCAAUGGCAACGGUGAUUUUAGCCCUGUUCAUCUCACUGGAACCAAAGCUCGACACCUGGGUAGCUGGAUGCUCGAGGUUGACGCUGGUGAGGAGGCGACGCAACAAGUGCUCGGGGACAAGAAGUUCCUGCGCGGCUUGCCUAGCCGAGUUAAGGACGUACCCGGCAUCCGCAUGGAAAUCAAUGGCGACGACACUACCAUCACUGUGCGCGACAAGUUCCCUCCUGGAAGCAUCGCCCUGUUCGAGACCUGGAUCCCCGCUGCUGAGCAUUCGUCUGGCUUGGACAACUAUGUCACCUCAGGGUCCAAGGCUGCCUGGAAUGAGCUCAGUCUGACAGACCUCAACUUCUUGAUGUAUCGAUGUGAAGCUGAAGAGAGGGCCGAAAGCGAUGGUCGAGAUGGUGUCUACGAUAUUCCUGGACAUGGAAAGCUUGUCUAUGCUGGUCUCCAAGGAUGGUGGAGUCUUCUCAAGAACAUCAUCAAGGACAACAACCUGGCCCACCCACUGUGCCAGAACCUACGUGAUGGUGAAUGGGCUCUGGACUACAUUAUUGCAAGACUGCAGCGAAUCAGUGCCACUCCAGGUAACGAGGCACUUGCCCAACCCUUGAGAUGGCUAGAGGAGCGAUUCGAUGCCAUCCGAAAGAUCCCCAGUUUCCUGCUCCCUCGUUACUUUGGUCUUGUCCUGCGCACUGCUUACAUGGCAAGCUGGGACAGGUCUCUCGAGCUCAUGAACUCCAGCGUCCGAGAUGGGCAAUGGUUUUUGCAAAGCCUGGCCAUGGUCAGUGUUCAACAAGUUGGAUAUGUCAAGUCAGCGUCCUUGUGGCCUUUCAAGUUGGUUCCUUCUCUGGCUGCUGGUCUUCCUCACUUCGCUGUUGAAUGGGCCCGAUGCUGGGGCCGAGACGUGUUUAUCGCUCUUCGUGGACUUCUUAUCGGUACUGGCCGUUUUGACGACGCCAGAGAACACAUCCUUGCAUUUGCCAGUGUAUUGAAGCAUGGCAUGAUCCCCAACCUUCUCAGCAGUGGCGAUGCUCCCAGGUACAACUCUCGAGACUCCAUCUGGUUCUUCCUUCAGUGCAUUCAGGAUUAUACACGUUUUGCCCCAGAGGGACUUGAUAUCCUCAAGGCCAAGGUCAAGCGUCGUUUCCUGCCUUACGAUGACACAUGGUUCCCCACCAACGAUGAGAGGGCAUACUCGAAGGAGAGCACCAUUGAGGAGGUUAUCCAAGAAGCACUCCAAAGACAUGCUUCAGGCAUGAAAUACAGGGAAGCUAAUGCCGGUCCCCAAAUUGAUGCCCAAAUGAAGGAUGAGGGUUUCAACCAGGAGAUCAAGGUUGAUUGGAGCAAUGGAAUCAUUUUUGGCGGUAACCAGUUCAACUGUGGCACAUGGAUGGACAAGAUGGGCGAGAGUGAACGCGCAGGAUCCAAGGGAAUCCCCGGAACUCCUCGUGAUGGUGCUGCUAUCGAGAUCACUGGUAUGCUGUACAGCACUCUCGACUGGCUCGCUGGGCUUCAUGAGGAUGGAAAAUAUGCUUAUGCAAGCGUGGACAAAUCCGAGGGUGGCUCUAUCUCCUUGGCAGACUGGGCUGGUCUGCUCAAGGCCAACUUCGAGCGCUGCUACUAUGUCCCCAUUUCUCCCGAGGACGAUUCCAAGUAUGACGUCAACACGCCGAUUGUGAACCGCCGAGGAAUCUACAAAGAUCUCUACAAGUCUGGCAAGGAGUAUGAGGACUACCAGCUGCGUCCUAACUUUGCAAUUGCCAUGACUACUGCACCCGCUUUGUUCGACCCAGACCAUGCCAUGCAUGCUCUGUGUGUUGCCGAUGAGGCCCUUCGGGGACCCCAAGGAAUGGCGACUCUAGACCCUGCGGAUCUGAACUACCGCCCUUACUACGUCAACAGUGAAGAUAGUGACGAUUUUGCUACAAGCAAGGGCCGUAACUACCACCAGGGACCCGAGUGGAUCUGGCCUACUGGCUUCUUCCUCCGAGCCCUGCUCAAGUUUGAUCUCAAGAGACGAACAACACCUGAGGGUCGCACUGAGGCGUUCCAGCAGGUUACCCGAAGACUGAGUGGGUGCAAGAAGAUGAUCCAGGAGAGCCCUUGGGCUGGUCUCCAAGAGCUGACGCAAAAGAACGGCGAAUACUGCGCUGACUCUAGUCCCACACAAGCUUGGUCGGCAGGAUGCCUGAUCGACUUAUACAUGGACGCUACUGAGGAACAGAAUAAGGCAUAGAGCCAAUUUUUAAGAGGAGGAAAUGAUGAUGGGACCUGAGGAUUGGGCAUGGGCUUGAAUCAAACAUACACUACCACGCAAACUACUACUAUAGCAUUCUCCUGAUUAGGUUAAUAACAAGCAUCUUUAAGCGUUGUAGCAUUAACUUUGAGCGAAAAGCCAAAAUGAAAAUUGUGCAGAUUAGAUUCUCCG